CAAUUUCCAUCACAAACCCUCGUUAGCUUUCUUGCUACAUAUAUUCACUUAACGUUUCAGAUUUUCUUAGCCAACAAACUUAUAAGCAAUCAAUCAUGAGAACUAUUUCCCUUUCCUCGACCUCAUUUUCACUUCUAACACACAGCAGCAAGAUCAAUGGAUCAGCGUCGUUGAUUCCGAUGGCAAGGUCUCAAUUUCAGCCUCAAAGGAGACGUAACAUCGGCACUACUAGCAGUAGAAAUCCAAACUUUAGCUGGAUGGCAGCAGUUGGAGAAAAAGUACAGUCCCCUACUGUUCCUACUUCUGUUCCUGUUCGUGUUGCCCUUGAAUUGCUUCAAGCUGGUCAUCGUUAUUUAGAUGUCAGAACUGUUGAAGAAUUCAGUGAUGGGCAUGCUCCAGGGGCCAUAAACAUUCCUUACAUGUUUAGAAUUGGCUCAGGUAUGAUAAAGAACCCCAAUUUCUUUGCGGAAGUGUUGGAACAUUUUGGGAAAGAUGAUGAAAUUAUAGUUGGGUGCCAGUUGGGUAAGAGAUCCUUUAUGGCUGCAACUGAUCUUCUUGCAGCUGGAUUUACUGGGGUAACUGACAUUGCUGGAGGAUAUGCUGCAUGGACAGAGAGUGGACUUCCAACUGAGCCUUGAAUGUAAAGCUAUUAUUAGCCUUUUAUUCAACCACAUAAAAGGGUAGAUUAAUUAAUAAGCACAAUAACACCAUCUUAAUUACUAUACUCAACCAUGGCACAUCAAAAUGUGGCUGAAGUUGAGAAGCAACUUGCAAAAACUUUUGUACAGUAAUUUAUAUUAGGUGAUAUCCAAUGUGGGAGAAUCUGAAUUGCUGGAAAAAAUUGUAAGCAAUAUGUGUAAAUAUUGUUCUCCUAGUUCUGCUGGAAUAAAUAAUAUUUGUGUUGGGUUCGAAA